AUAAACAGCUUCCGGACAGCCCGUCAGGCCGUGCGUCGCGUUUCCCUGCCCUCCCCUUCCUCCUCCGCCUUCCGCCUCUGGGCACAGCGAAAGGGAAAAACCCUAAAAAACCUUCAAGAUUCGAUUGGGUUCGAUUAGAGCGCAUCAAAUCUUCGAUUCUCUCGGCUCUCCACACAGAACGGAAGAACAGCAACAAGAAGAGAGAGGUUGGGGCGAGCGAGACUAAAAAGAGAGAGAGGAGGAGGAGGAGGAGACGAGAUGUCCCUGGACGACGACGGGAGGAACGUGCUGGAGACGGGGAGGGCGGAUCGAUCGGUCUGGCUGAUGAAGUGCCCGCCGGUGGUGUCGAGGUCGUGGCAGUCCGCCGCCGUGGCGGCGGCUGCCUCGUCUUCCGAGGCCGGCCUCCCUCCCCCCGUCGUCUCCAAGGUCGUCCUCUCCCUCGACCUUCUCCGUCCCGACGAGCCCUCCUCUCUCCAGUUCAAGAUGGAAAUGGCUCAAAAUGACUCAAGCAAUACACCCAAGAGUUACUCCCUGAAUAUGUUUAAAGAUUUUGUUCCAAUGUGUGUUGUUUCUGAAUCCAACCAAGGGAAAUUUUCGUUGGAAGGAAAGGUGGAACAUAAAUUUGACAUGGAACCUCAUAGUGAAAACUUUGGGGAGUAUGGUAAACUGUGCCGUGAAAGGACCAACAAAGCUAUGAUAAAAACUAGACAAGUGCAGGUAAUUGACAAUGAUCACGGAGUACUUAUGAGGCCUAUGCCUGGUAUGGUUGGCUUGGUUCCAUCUGGUUCAAAGGACAAGAAGAAGGCAACACCAACAAAAGGAUCUGAUGUGAAACGAACACGUAGAGACCGUCGGGAACUGGAGAACAUUAUCUUUAAACUCUUUGAAAGGCAGCCAAAUUGGGCAUUGAAACAGUUGGUACAAGAGACAGAUCAACCUGAGCAAUUCUUGAAAGAGAUACUAAGUGAUCUCUGUGUUUACAACAAGAGAGGACCAAAUCAAGGGACCCAUGAACUUAAGCCAGAAUACAAGAAAUCCACCGAGGAAGUGGAUACUGCAUAAGAUCCAUUUUGUUGCUUCCAGAAUGCUUGUGUGAACCAUGAUGCUCAAAGAUGAAAAACCUUUUUCCUCAAGAACCUCGCAUAUGAUGACCAGUGAUUUCUGCUUGAAACAAUAUCUGCUGCAAAAGAAAUUGGUUAAUUUCAACUUUUCACCAUACAAAUUCAAGUGCUGUCGUAAUCACUCUGCAGACAGAUGUACUGUGUUUCCUUUAUCAGUUACAACAGAUCCCCCACUUGGUGCAACCAUUGUUGAUUGAUGCAAAGACAUUGCUGAUAGUGUGAUUUUAUUAAGUUUCUAUGAUUGGACGGCUACAGAAAACGACUGGAAGUUUAGUGGAUCCAAAAACGGUCAUGUGCUUGAACCUUUUUCUUUGAAAUUACAAUGUCGAAUUGAAUUUUGCCAUCGUAGUCAUGACAAAACUUUGAAGUCAGGCUUUAGAGGUAUUUUAUUGCAGGGAGAAGAAUCUCUUUUGUUUUUAGAGAUGUGAAACAAAAAUACGGCUCAAGAAUUAGUUCUCCAUUUUGUCCAAUGAGAGUCCUGAUUUAUAUCUAAGAAUAGUUGUCUAUUUGGUCGUAUAUUGGUGUUGCUUGUACUUCUGAAUUAAUUCCCUAUUUGGUCCGAUGAGGCUUUUUUUUUUUCUUCUUUUGCAUGUAUGUGUGUGCAUGUGGGCACAUUUCUAUUUUCAUCACCAAUACUAUAUUA